AUGAUAAAUAAAACUAUACCUGUAAAAGAAGAGGAAAAACAUGUCUAUACGAAAGACCUCAAGUCGAUUGUUGAAGACUUUAAUAACUACUUCACCUCUGUUGGAAAAAUCACCGCCGCUAAAGCAAUGGAUCGGGUAAACAAAAACAACAUUGCAUUAUCGGAUUCUAUGUUGAACUCUAAAAUCUACCCCACGGAUCAACAGUUUAGUAUUAAGCCUGUUAAAUUAUGUUCAUACAUAGCAGAAAACCAACUUUUAUCACCGCACCGAAAUGGAAAUAGGAAACACCACUCUACAGAAACUUUAAACAUCUUCAUUACGGACAAGAUGCUGGAAGCUAUGGACAAAAAACAUAUAACAGCCCUAAUUUUAUUGGACCUGUGUAAGGCCUUUGACAGGAUCAAUCAUACAUUUCUUUUGCAUAAGUUAAAACGCGUAGGAGCGUCUCCGCUAGACAUUCAAUGGUUCGAAAGCUAUCGGUCAGGCAGAUCACAAUACGUAUGAAUAGGAUCAACUGUUUCCUCAACUAGCACACUAAGCCAUGGAGUGCCCCAUGACUCUAUUCUUUCACCACUUUUGUUUGGAAUUUACGUUAAUGAUCUACCAGCUGUAACGGUUUCAACUGAUUUCGACUUCUAUCUUGACGAUUCAAAACUCCAUCUUGCAUUUCUUGUCGAAGACGUACAACAGACAAUAGCUAAACUAGAAAACAAUCUGUAUAAAAUCGCUGAAUGGUGUUUGGAACACCAAUUAUUAAUCAAUCCUGACAAGACCAAAUUCCUCUUACUAGGCACAAAAUCAAUGCUACAGAAUUUACCAACACAAAACAAUCUGAAGUUUCUCGAAAAGACUCUUAAACCG